AUGCUGAUGAGCUCGGAGCGGUUGGUGACCAUUCGCAGCGUCUACCGUCAGUUGCUACUUGUCAUCCUGAUAAACGUACCGACGGUGUCGUUCGGACUGGCGCUGGGCUGGGUGUCGCUGGCGAGCGGCGAGGCUGCGGAGGCUGGCGGUGAGGAAGGGGAAGGGGCGGGCGCGGUGGUGGCGGCCGUCACUACGUUCGCCGCUUCGUCACUCGGCGUGCCCAUCAGCGCCAGAGCUCUGCGCUACGGCAGAAAAUUUGCCGUUAUAGCCACUUCGUUCACAUUUGUGAUAUGCUGGUCUCUGAAGCUGGUGGGCGGUCCAUGGUGCAUGGUGGCUGCACGCACGGCGGCCGGAUUGGGCGCAGCUGGUGCCUGGGCGCUGGCGCCCCUACUGGCCAGGGAGAUGUGCAGCGCAGCGUGGGGCGGUGCAGCGGCGGCGGCUGUGGUGCCGGCGCACAACCUUGGCGUGCUGCUCAUGUACCUCGCCGCGGACGCACGUCUGCCGCACGCAACAGUGCUGUGGUGGUGCCUGGGGCUCUCGGUGAGCCACUGCUUCGUGUUCAUGCUGAUGCCUGAAUCACCUGCCUUCCUCGCCGCCAGCGGAAAACUUGAGCGGUCGCUGCGCUGGCUACGCGGCAGUCCGGGUGCGGACGGGGCGGGGAGCAGCGCGGUGAGCGGUGCGGGCGCGACGUCUCUUAAAAGCGAGCUGGCCGCGCUGCCCUCGCCAGACCUCGUCGACAGGUCUGCCUUCGCGCUUGCCAAGGACAUGCUAAGUGACAAGCGGCGGCGACGCGCGUUCUUCAUUGGCGGCAUGGCGGUGGUGGGGCAGGAGGCGUGUGGCGUGCUCGCGCUGCUGCAGUACGCCGAGCGCGUGUUCGUGCUCGCGGAGAGGGGAGUGGAGGUGGAAGCAGCAGUGGGUGCGGGAGAUGUGGGGGGUGCGGCCUUGAUGUCGCCCGCGCGGCACGCGGUUAUCCUGGGCGUCGUGCAGCUCGCAGCCUCAUUUAUUGCGCUUUACUUCGUCGAACGGGUCGGCCGCAGGCCGUUGAUCGUGUGGUCGGCGCUGUGCACAGGCCUGUGCCUGGCGGCGGGCGCGGCGCUGGUGGCGCGGCCGCGGCUGCGCGUGGGCGGCGUGCGUGCAGCUGGCCUGGCGCUGGCUGCUGCCGUGGCCGCUGACUCAGCCGGCCUGCAGCCCGCGCCCUACGCGUUGCUGGCUGACAUGUUCCAUUACGAGUUCCGCAGCUGCGCGGUGCUACUGGUGACGGCGGCGGCGGGCGCGGGCAACGCGCUGGAGGUGUGCGUGUUCCCGCUGGUGGCGCGCAGCGGCGGGCUGCAGGCCGCAGUCGCGCUCGCCGCCGCCGUCACGCUCGCGUACGCCGCCUUCGCCUUCGCCGCGCUGCCCGAGACGCGCCGCCGCACGCCGCAGCAGAUAUACGACGCGCUCGAGCGCGACACGCUCGUGUGCACACUUAUCGCGCUCCUCAAACGAUUCACCAAGCGAACCGCGAAGAAUUCUUCGUGCCCCGAGAAAGGAACACCUGAAACUAAAAUAACAUCCAAAAACCCUACAAUUAUCAAGCGAAACAUAAGCUUCAGUCUUAGCACGACGAAACAAAGUCGAGAUUCGAAUGCAGUGAACAUUGAGUCUGCUAUCAACAGUGAUGUGACUUUACAUACUAUUACCAAUAAAGAGACGGAAAAUACCAAUCUGUGA